CGUCAUCAAUCAGAGACGGAAAAACUUGCAACCUUUGCGGCGGGUUGCGGACCACCUUUUGGGAAUUGAUUGAAAGUGCUUGGACAGGUGUGCGUGACGAGCGCCGGCGACCGCGGAUGGCCAGGGACCUGAUCGGGCCGGCGCUGCCACCCGGCUUCAAGGCCAGCGGACUGGCGGAGGGAGAGGAGCGGGACCCGAGCCCGGUUGCAGGACCAGCUCUGCCCCCAAAUUACAAAAGCAGUAGUUCAGAUUCAUCAGACAGCGAUGAGGACAGCAGCUCUUUGUCUGAAGAAGGAAAUCAAGAAUCUGAGGAUGAAGACUCUGGUCCAACUGCAAGAAAACAGGGGAGAUAUGAAGAUGAUGAUGAUGAUGAUGAUGGAUUUUUUGGACCAGCCCUUCCUCCUGGAUUUAAAAAGCAGGAUGAUUCUCCUCCAAGGCCCAUCAUAGGUCCUGCAUUGCCACCUGGCUUCAUUAAAUCUACCCAGAAAAGAGACAGAGGCAGAGAUGGUCCAAGAAAACCAGCAUCGUCACAUCUCAAUUCUGAGGAAACAGAUAACAGUGACAAGGAGGACAUUAUUGGACCAAUGCCUGCAAAAGGACCAGUUAACUACAAUAUAUCAACAGAGUUUGAAAAAAGGGCCCAGAGAAUGAAAGAAAAACUGACCAGAGGAGAUGAUGAUUCCUCUAAACCAGUUACGAGAGAGUCGUGGAUGACUGAGCUUCCUGCAGAAAUGAAAGACUUUGGCCUUGGGCCUCGGACUUUCAAGAGGAGAGCUGAGGACAAAUCAGGGGACCGAUCCGUGUGGACGGACACUCCAGCUGACCGAGAAAGGAAAGCAAGGGAGACACAGGAAGCAAGGAAGUCAUUCAGCAAGAAGGAUGACAAAGAACGUGAGUUGUCAGGAAGGGAUAAGAGAUUGGCUGAGCAGGUGUCCUCAUACAAUGAAUCAAGAAGAUCAGAAUCUCUUAUGGACAUUCAUCACAAAAAAUUAAAGAAUAAGGCUGCUGAAGAUAAAAACAGGUCCCAAGAGAGAACACCAUUUGACCGUGAUAAGGAUCUCAAGGUUAAUCGGUUUGAUGAAGCCCAGAAAAAAGCCCUAAUAAAGAAAUCUAGAGAACUAAACAGCAGAUUUUCACAUGGCAAAGGCAGUAUGUUUUUAUAAGUAAGUACAUUUCAGUGAACUGUAUUUUCAUAGUGACCCAUUUGAACUUUCUAAGUACUCUGGUGUCUAUAAUGCUGGCUUUAAAAAAAAAAGUGAUUUCUUUAAAAUAAAGUGGAUUGCAAAUCUCCAUUUUUAAAAAGUGAACUGAUUUUUGAAGGUCAGCCUUGAUGGAUUAAAAACAGUGUGGUUUACUGGA